GCGGAGCCCCACUAUUGAGCGGUGGAUGGAUAGGAGGGGCUUCGCAAGAUACAUGACUCAUGUACCUCGUCAUGUUGGGCUGUCAAUACCUGAUACUGUUGUAGUGAAUCCCUAAGGGUGAUCGAUGGUCUCCCAUAAGACCAACAUCCUACCCACGUAUGGCGCAUCUUCUAGCCAUCAUCACAAGACUGGUGGCCGAGCGAGGCAAUCAAACAUGGCUGGAAACUCCCUUCCUCGGUCCCCGGAGGCCCAUAGAUCUCAUAGCAGGACGAGGUUGGAUGACAACCUCAUCCGCCCCCAGAAGUGUGACCUCUCAAGCAAGGAGUUUUGGAAGGCCAUCCGGUUAGCCAGGCCUACCGUUCACCGGUCAUCUCUAGAGGACUCAGUAUUCGAUGCCCCUUCGGGCUUCUUCGCCGUCUACCUUAAGUCUAUAGAGAAGAUAAUGGAAUUGGGCCUAUGGAACAAAAGCAAUGGGAGAAGAAUGAGGUUAGGACCAAGCCCAAAGAUGUAUUUGAUCCACCACCCUUUUGACCCAAGCAAUUAUUGAAGCAAGCAAAUAAAUAAAAGAGAAAAAAAAAGAAAGAACCGUAGAAGAGGAAGCAAACCAGCGCAGAAGAGAGCAGACUCCAAACGGAAGGCGCAAGAAACAGAGUCCUUCCCCAAAUCCAACGCAAAUUCCAAGAAUCAUACUCCAAAUUGAAGAUUCCAAACUUCACAAUUAUAAAAGGAGACAAAAGCCACAAGAAAAAUCAUCUCCUUCAACCCCAAUUCUAGAGGGAGAUCGAGAGACAGAUCGGGAGCAGAGCAGGGAGCUGGCCUAGGGUUCCGACCCCUAGGCCCAGCAGUCCGAUGACAACAAUUCGGCGCUGGCGGCGGUGUCAAUGGGUCCGGCGCAUUGGAGGGAAGCCAUGGGUGACUCUGGUUCUAGGAAUCUGCGCAGCGAUGAAGAAGACAAUUCUAGGGGAGCACUAUUUCCUUUAAAUCUACUCCGUGUUAUUUUGCAGUCCUUAAAUUAAACUUUUGAUUUUUAUUGGAAUCUUGAUUCCGAAUUUCAUGUGUCCAUUAUUAAACACUCCGUAUGUGCACGUUCAGCAGUGAACUGAUUUU